UUAACUUAUCAAUUUUCGAUUGCUCUUAUCAGAAACCGAACGGAUUUGAAUGCACUUAUCAAUUCAAAGCAAUAAGACGAUUACAAAACUUGAAACUGCAAAAGAUCCGCACGUUAAUUCGCACCGUAUACCUUGAAGUGUCACCUAACGAUGGGCAGUCGUUUAGUAGAGCUAGUUAUAUUUGUUGCUGUUCUGGGCACAGCUUCGGCCACGUGUAGGUUUCUCGAAGAUGACUAUUACGGAUACCACUGCUUUCUGGAACAUGUCAAUGCUACUGACGUCUCCGACAUGGUUGAUCUGUCGGGUGAACAUGUCGAUGGUAGGUCUGACGUGCAUGUAGAAACGGUUAUAGUUUCACCAACGGCUCGACUAGAGGAGAUACCAAUGAACAUCUUUGCGACGUUCAUCAAUUUGGAAACGUUUUUCUGCAACGCAAAUUUUCUGCGACGAAUCGAUCUUCCGUUUUGUGGACCGCGCAUGAGGACGUUCCAAGCGAAUACGAAUCAAGUAGAGGUUUUACAAAACGGAGCAUUCCGUGGAUGUCGUUCCUUAGAACAGAUCACAAUUAUUAUGUCCGAUAUUCAACGCAUUGAAGAAAAUGCCUUUGCCGAACUGAACCAACUCCGUGACCUUCUGCUGUACGAAAAUCCUCUCGUAGAACUUCAUGGCCAUCUAUUUCGCCAGCUACCCCAAUUGCAGCUGGUAAGGUUUGAUCAAGGUGAGUUGACGUCGAUCCACCCGGGAACGUUUCAGUGCAAAGAAUUUAUGUCGCAAUUGGAUUUGAGUCUUAACAGACUCGAGAGAAUUGAAACGGGAACAUUCACGAACCUGUUGCGUUUGCGAACGUUGAAUUUGGGUAGGAACAACAUUCAGGUCAUUGAAGAAGGAGCCUUCGCAAAUCUCCCAUUGCUCGAAAGGUUGGAAUUGGUCGAAAAUCAGAUUGCAGUUCUUGACUCGAAUCUGUUCGGAACAACGUUUCAGAAUCUGAACUAUUUGGGAGUCGGUUCGAACCGGAUAAAUGCUGUUGAUAGGCAAGUGUUUCGCCGGUUUCCGGGUCUGAUGUCGUUCUUCGGUGCGGGGAAUGUCUGUUUCUCGCAAAACUUUGACGACAUUGGUUCCAUUGAGAAUGAUGUUGCGCCGUAUUUGGAAACUUGUUUCACAAACUUCGACGAAUUGUAAAUUGGAUUAAAAUUAUGGGGAACGAGUUACCACAAAAUAAAAAGUUUUUAGAUUUCUUAACGAAAAUGUUGAAUCGAUCAAUGGAAAUCGAAACGAGCCCGAAGUGUCAAUGACUUGAGAUUCUUCUGUAAUAAUAGAUGAAAAUUUCGGGAACACAAUAAAUACCAAGACCAUCUGCAUUA